AUGGCCAUCCAAAAUUUUGUCUCGUAUGAAUUCAUGACGAGAGAUGUCAUCUUAGGCGUUACUCUGGGCAUGAUAUGCGUAUACGCAACCCUAAGAUGCCUUUACCUUCUGGUAUUCCAUCCGCUCGCCAAAUUCCCCGGACCAAGACUGGCUGCAGUCUCUAACCUCUGGUACGCCCGACAUUGGCUUUCAGGCCGGUACCCAUGGGCGAUAGAAGAUGCUAUUCGCAAGUACGGGGACGUUGUGCGAAUUGCGCCAAAUGAACUGGUCUUUUUCACCCCAGAGGCAUUUCGCGAUAUAUACUCACCGGCGCAUCGUGGUCUGGAGACCUUUCGAAAAACAGAUUUUCAAAAUCGUGGUGCUAAUCUCGGUGGAAUUAUCUGGGAGGAAGACCCUGUCAAGCACCAUCAGGUUGCCCGGAAGCUAUACCCUGCGUUUAGUCCCCGCUCGAUACGGAUCCUCGAACCUCUUAUGCACAAGCACAUGGAUUACUUCAUCCAGCGCAUGAAGGAAAUCGGCACCCGGGAACAGGGACUCAACCUCGUCGACUGGACCCACUGGUUGGCCUGGGAUACGUCCCAGGAUAUAUCGUGGAAUGAAGAGACACUCUGCAUGCAAACCGAAAAAGACCCGGUUGCCUUAGACGUCCUGAUCUCCUUCAACGCCUUUGCUACUAUGAUUCAGGUUUUCAAGAGAUUUCCAUUGCUAAGCCCUAUCAAAUAUCUAUUUGCCCCGGUGAAGAAGCUUAGCUCAUUAGCAGAGAUGGAAAGUAAUGCGCGGAAGAGUGUAUUACGCCGUAUCGAGAAGCGCGGCAAUGUACCUCACCUCGAUCUAUUCGAGUAUGUUCUUUCAGACGACGAGAAGCCGCCAACAAAUGAUGCAGAACUUCGACAUAUUGGAUCUGUAGCCUUACAAGUAAUGUUUGCAGGGUUUGGCCCCAUGGCUGACUGGUAUUACUUUACACUCUUCAUACUGCUCAACGCCCCUGAAUCUUAUAAGAUCUUGACGGAUGAGAUCCGAACUGGCUCUGGGUUUGUCAAUUACGAUGACAUCAAUGUCCAGAGUACUGCAAAUCUGCAUUAUCUCAUUGCUUGUCUAGAAGAGACACUCCGAAUGGUUUCCAACAAUUCUACCGGCCUUCCGCGAUACAGUCCAGGUGCCGUUGUUGAUGGACAUUUUAUUCCUCCAGGCGUGAGCAAAUUAUUCUUGUCAACUGCGCUCCUUUCGACGCUAAUUAUCUACAAUUGGAAACCAGAUAACCGUUCAGAGCAGUCCCCACACUCUCGGCCGGAGCCCCCGAUAUUUUCAUGA